AUGCCCGUGGUGGAGGGGGGCGCCUCUGCUACUGUGCAGCUGCCACCAACGGCGCCUGGGGACACCCAUGGUGGCGAGGCGGCUGCUUUGCCAUCCCCGUCAGCUGCAGGACCAGCUGCCAUUGCCGGCCCACGGUUUCCGUGCACGGAGGGGGGCGCCUCUGCUACUGUGCAGCUGCCACCAACGGCGCCUGGGGACACCCAUGGUGGCGAGGCGGCUGCUUUGCCAUCCCCGUCAGCUGCAGGACCAGCUGCCAUUGCCGGCCCACGGUUUCCGUGCACGGAGGGGGGCGCCUCUGCUACUGUGCAGCUGCCACCAACGGCGCCUGGGGACACCCAUGGUGGCGAGGCGGCUGCUCAAGCAGCAGACGAGAGGAGGAGACUGCUGCCCAAUGAUGAAGCACACCUUGAGCGAGAGAUCCACCGCAUGGCUGCCCCCAUUCGUCGGCAGACGCUGCACGUGGACAUGCAGCCUGGCAGAGGGAUGUCGUUUGUUGCAAUCGUGCCAUUGGAGCAGGACCUCGAGCUGUGGCAGCAGAUGAUGCCGAAGCAGGUGAUGCAAGCAGAGCCGACAGAAGCAGUGCGGCAGGACGCCGUGUCCGCUGGAAAGUUGACCCAUCAGCAGAAGGCAUAUUGGACAGUCACUAAUUCCACCGGCCCCAGCGUUGACACUAUCUCCAGAAACGCUGCAAUAGGAUUUAAGCAGGCACAGCACGAGACCCUUCCGGAAGGCUUCCUCCUGGAGAUGCAUGAGACUUACCUGCGCCACAGCACCGACUACUCUGAUUUAUUUGGUGUUUUCACCGCCUGGCUGUGGGAGCAGUGGACUGAUGACACGACCCCGGGGCCAUUCCUGUCCGACUAUCUUUCACACCUGAGGCUAAGGACCCAUUCAAGAAGGACGCUGUUGCACCGGGACAGCCAUGGCUCUGUGUCCAUGCGGAACAAGGUGUGA